AUGAAUCAGCAGCACGUCACACGUGACAUCUCCCUUCGCGUCAACAUCAUCAUGCCUGACCCCGACACGCUCUAUGCGUCCGUGGCGUCCAUAUUCGAGCAGGCGCAAACAUCUAUUGCAAAUCACCGCAAGAACUGCGUCGCGUUGUACAAGAUCCAUACCGGUGCUGCAAACCAAGGGACUUCCAAGAAACGUUCCGCCCACGGCGACCAGUCCGCCUUCGUUGCCACCUUCCUCGACAUGGUUGGACGCGUUAUCAUUAUCAAGAAGGGUCCUCCGACUGUCGAGAGAGUCAUCAAGUUCAUUUCGCACUACGUACGAUUCGUCAAUGAAAAGGCGCAAGAGGACACGACCAAGAAGCAGGCAGAUAACCCUGCUGAGUCGAUUUCUACCGGAGGCACCGAGGAAGACUCACUGGCCUCCGUAUUCGUUUCAGCCAUCUUAGAGUGGAUUGUGCAAGGCUUUUUAGCGAAGAAUAAGGUUGUCCGCUAUCAGGCUGUGCAUCUCGUUGCGGAGAUGAUUAUGUACUUGGGCGAAGUCGAUGAAGAGACUUAUGUCUCUCUUCGCGAAAGUUUAAUUGAGCGUGCGACAUGCGACAAGGAAUCUACAAUAAGAGCCCAAGCUGUCUCUGCUCUUGCGCGUCUCAUUGGGAGUGAAGACCCCAAUGAACUCCAGGAAGGAGAAAGGACGAUUCUCGAGAUCAUUCUUGACGUUGUUGUCUAUGACCCAGCCGCCGAUGUACGGCGAGCAGCCUUAUUGCAUCUCCCCCUUACAUCUACCACUCUACCCACCCUCCUUACGCGGACUCUCGACGUUGAUCCUCUCUUGCGCAAGCUUGUCUACGCCUCCGUGUUUCAACCUCGCCUUGAGCAUCCACGUCUCCUUACGAUCUCCCAACGCGAACAACUUGUUCAAUCUGGCCUUGGGGAUCGAGAACCAGCUGUGCGCCUGGCAGCCGGCAAAAUGGUCUUUGCCUGGUUUGAACUUGUCUUAGCAGACCCAGCUAGGGCUCAAGAUGAUUUGCCUUGGGAAGGCGACGAUGGUGGUAUCAUGGCGGCCCUAAUCGCUUUCCUCAAUCUUUUCGAUGUAGUUGGUCCUGGCGAGGCUGUAGCAGUCGACGCCGUCCUUUCGCUCUUGACCACACGCCCGGAAUUUUUCGACGUCUUUACGUUUUCUGAGGAUUACUGGACAAACCUGACCCCGGAAUCGGCCGUUCUGGCGCGCGUCUUCCUUGAGCAUUGUCUUUCAGGGUCACGUGAGGACCGUAUUGAAGCUGCGUCGCUUCCUGUUGUAACCGCAUUCGCGUUCAACAUGCAAGAAGUAUAUAACCAACUCCUUGCCAUCCUCGAAGACGCCGAGGUAGCUCGUGCUCUUGCUGGCGACGAUCCAGAGACAGAGCUCGACGACAGUGUUGAGGAAGAACUUGCCAAACGGGAGGUCAUCAUCAGCGAACUGCUUCGUAUGGCCGUCAAGCUAGACUAUGGUGAUGAGAUUGGUCGCAGAAAGGUGUACACGGUUACGAGAGCGAUGCUGGCUCACCCGCAGUUGCCUCCGGGAUUGAUUCCCCGUUGCUUGGAUGUUUUGAAGGAAAUUCUACCAUCGGAACGGGAGCUUAUUCGUGUUGUUGUCGAGAUCAUCAUGGAUCUCCGAGAACCGGAGGAGGGUGAAAUAGAGGCAAGUCCCAUCCCCGACUUCAAUCAAGCUGACACAACCCAAUCGUCAAUUCGGCGGGAGCGAUCCCUUCGUCGGGACAAAACUCGUGAGGAGAUGUCACCCAACGAGGCUAUGCGUGCGGAUAUGACCGAUAUGCGUUGCCUUGAAGUAUGUAUUAACAUGCUUGAACGUGUCCAUGGUGACUUUGAGGACAAUUCAACUUUGGAGGGUGUCCUCACCGAUCUUGUAAUCCCUGCUGUCCGGCGCAAAGAAGUUGGUAUUCGUGAGAAGGGACUUGUUGCGCUCGGGCUAUGUUGCUUGAUUGCGAAGGUGCCAGUCAACAUUUGUGUGUCUUUCUGGUGUCUAAUCAGCCAGGGCAUCGCGGUUAAAUCGCUUCAACUCUUCCUCAGCCAGAUUCAAAAUGCUCCGGAACAGCUCAAACUGAACUUGCUGAAGAUUGUAUUUGAUUUGAUGGUUAUGUAUGACCAACAAUUAUGGGCAAGGGUCGAAGACGGUCAAGCCAUAUUAACUUUUCUUACAAGCACGUUGGAGGCGGAGGACUCGCCCGCUGUGCAAGCAUUACUCUGCGCCGGUCUUGCGAAGCUUUUGCUUUCUGGGCUCGCUGAGGAUCCACAGACUCUCAAGGGUUUGCUUCUUGCCUACGUGUCGCCGUAUACCGCAGGCAACUCUGAACUGCGACAAUGUUUGUCGUACUUCUUUUCCGUCUAUUGCUACUCUUCGGCACUGAAUCAGACUCGCUUACAAUCAAUAUUCAUGUCUGCAUUCGACGAAGUCACGAAGAUGAACGAGGACCUGGGGGAAGAACCAGAGCAUCCAAUUGUAUCACCUCAGCAAUUCGGAUUGCUUGUGAUCGACUGGACGGACGCAAGGAAGGCAGCGCCAGCAGUCGCAAACGACGAAUAUCCACAAAAGGCCCACGCUCAAUUAGCAUCAGAUAUCCUUCUCGCGUUAUAUGACUCAGAUAGGAGAAGCGAAGACCAGGAGGUGCUCUGCGCGCUACUGAACAACCUCAAUAUCGAAGGCACACUCCCUACACCACUGAUGGUGAAGCUCAGUGUACUCGUCCAACAUAUCCAAAAGCAAUGCCCCUUCGACGAUCCCGCUCUUGACAAAGCAAUUAGUCGAUUCAAGAACAAGUUUGUGGGAACAUAUGGGGAGCUCCUCGGAGAGAUUGAUUGGAGUGAGUGGGAGACACCGGAGAUGCAGGAGUUAUAUAAUUUCAUCGGAAUCGAUAUACCCGACGCCCGAGAUGCUCGACCAGAAACCCCAGGUUCUCCACUUCCAACGAAAUCCCGCAAAGGCAAAGGAAAGGCCCCUCCAAAACCGGUCAAGCUCCGAGGACAAUCCAAAUCCAAGGCAGCGAGCGAGAGCGAACAAGAAUCGGAAGAUGACAACGAAGAGGAGGAAAAGUCCGAACAUUCUGAUCCUUCUCCAACCGCUGCUCCGUUAUCCAAACUUUCUGGUUCCAAAUCGCCUUCUCCCCCACUCGCUGAAGACGAUGAAGACGAGGAGGUCGAACAGCCUCCCAGUCCUACUCCGCCACCGAAAUUCCUCAAGAGCAAAGGCAAGGCCCCCGCCAAACGCGGAAGAUCGACAUCUGGGAAGAAGGAGCCGGAACCCGUUGAUGAGGAUCAAGAGGAGGAACAACCCCCGAGUCCUUCACCCCCGCCGAAAGCUGUCAAAAGCCAGGCUAAGGCACCACCCAGACGUGGAAGAUCGGUAUCUACGAAGAAGGAGCCUGAACCUGCCGACAAUGAGGACGAGGACGAAACUGAAGACGAGCGACCCCCAAGUCCCUCUCCACUGCCAAAAGCUUCCAAAAGCAAGGGCAAGGCACCGCCCAAUGGAAAGUCUGUUUCCGGCAAGUCCGCAGAACAAGGGACCAUUUCUGCAGGUUCGAAUCGGCGUAGCACGCGUGGUGGUGGGCGGACGAAAUCAAAAGUUGAAUCCGAGGAUGAGCUAGUGUCUGCCCCCAGUGCCAAAACGAAUGGGCGCUCCAAAUCAACCGCUAGGUCGAAGUCAAGAGCAAAAGCCGCACCAUUGGAAGAGGUCGAGCAAGCCUCCGAACAGGAGGACGAGGAAGCAGCUGAACCUCCCGCGAAGAAGGCCAGGUCCAGAGCAUCGCGCUCUAAAGCUCCACCAGAACCUGAGACUGAAUCGGCUGGGCCGUCCCGACGGCCGACGAGAGCAUCUAGGUCCAAGGCUCCUCCGGCCACUGAACGAAUACGCACCCCAAGCUCGAAAAUCGACCUGCCCUCUCCCGCUGACAAGAAGAAGCGGAAACCGUCUGCUGCCAAUACCACGAACAAGGGAACCCGGGCGAGUUCGCGACGGAAAACUGCGGCUGCUCCUGCUGAAGAAGAAGAUAGCGAAUUUGGAGGUUACGGCGAAAGUUGA